AUGCGUGUUUCCAAGGUUUCCGCCGCGACUGUGCUCGCUUCGACCGUCUCCGUCAAUGCGAUCCCCAUUCCCUGUCUCCUUCCCUUCCUGAGCGGCGCUGGUAGCCUCUUCGGAAGCUCGGGUCUGGGUGCCAGCUUGGGCGGCAGCGGCAGUGCUGAUUUGGGCGCCAGCCUGGGUGCUGGUGCCAGCGGCAGCGGCAGCGGAAGUGCCGGUCUGGGUGCUGGGCUCGGAGGCAACGCGGCUGCCAGCCUUGGUGCGAACGCUGGUCUGGGCGCUGGUCUGGGCGCUGGCCUGAGCGGUCUCUUCGGCGGCAGUGGUAGCGGUAGUGCUAGUGCCACCGGUAGCGGCAGCGCUGAUCUGGGGGCCGGAGCUGAUCUGGGUGCCAACGCCGGUCUUGGUGCUGGCGCCAGCCUUGGUGCUGGUGCUGGCCUCGGCGCCGGUGCCGCUGCUACUCCUUCUGCUGGUCUGGGUGCUGGUGCUGGGCUCGGUGCUAACGCUGGACUCGGUGCUAGUGCUGGGCUCGGUGCUAGCGCUGGUCUGGGUGCUGGUGCCGAUCUGGGUGCUGGUGCCUCCGGUGGUGCUUCUGGUGGUGCUUCCGGCGGUGCUUCCGGCAGCGCCGGUCUGGGUGCUGGAGCUGAUCUUGGCGCGAGCGCCGGUCUGGGCGCAGGUGCUAGCCUCGGUGCUGGCGCUGGUCUCGGUGCCGGUGCCGCUGCUACUCCCUCUGCUGGCCUGGGUGCCGGUGCUGGCCUCAGUGGUAGCGCUGGUCUCAGCGGUAGUGCUGGUCUCGGUGGCAGCGCCGGCCUCGGCGCCGGUGCUGGUCUCGGUGGCUCUGGUGGUGUUUCUGGCAGCGGCAGCGGCAGCGCUGGUGCCACUCCCACUGGUGAUGUUGGUGUUUCCCCUGUUGCAACUGGAGCUGCUGGUGGUAGCGGUGAUGUUUCUGGUGGUGCCUCUGGCGAUCUCUCUGGCAGCGGCGGUGCCUCGGGCGGUGCCUCCGGCGAUGUUUCUGGCAGCGGCAGCGGCAGCGGUGACGUUUCCGGUGGUGCUUCCGGUGGUGCCUCCGGCGAUCUCUCUGGCAGCGGCGGUGUCUCUGGCGGUGCCUCUGGCGGUGUCUCCGGCGGUGCUUCUGGUGAUCUCUCUGGCAGCGGCGGUGUCUCUGGCGGUGCCUCUGGCGGUGUCUCCGGCGGUGCUUCUGGUGAUCUCUCUGGCAGCGGCGGUGUCUCUGGCGGUGCCUCUGGCGGUGCUUCCGGCGGUGCUACCCCUACUGUUGUCGCUGGCCCCAGCGGUACUACUGUCUCGUUCGGCACUACCACCAGCGUUUCCCUUCCCGGCGGUGGUCUCACGGCUGGUGUCUCGGGCAGCGGCAGCGUCAGCGGCAGCGGCAGCGGUGAUGCUGGCGUAGGUGCUGAUACCGGAGCUGACACUGGUGCGGGUGCUGACACCGGGGCAGGCGCAGGUGGUGAUGCAGGACUCGACGCGGGAGCUGGCGGCGACGCCAGCGCUGAUGCUAACGCCAGCGCUACUGCCGAUGCUUCGGCUGAUGGAGAUGCUGAUGCCAAUGCUGAUGCUGACGCCACCGCUACUGGUGGCGGUUCUGCCACUGCUAACGCUAAUGCGGAGGCUUCUGGCUCGGGACACGCCAGUGCUAACGCCUCUGCCAACGCCUCGGCCAGUGCUUGA